AGGGUCGCUGUGGCCGGCGCCUGGGGUUGGAGGAGCGGAGGAGCAACCCCGGCGGGCUGCAGGACACAGGAAACGUCUGAGACCCGUGGGCACUGACCUCCCAGAGUUGGUUGCCUUUGAGGAAGACGCACCCGAGAUGACAGCACAAGCCGUGUCAGACGUCCUGGCGCAGCUGUACAGGGAAGUGGUCCUUGGAGCCUCGCUGGAGAAUGAGGGCGUCGAUUAUGUCUGCCAGCUCGUGCCAGCCAUUCCUGGUCACUGCUGUCCCCUUCUGCCAGCCGCCGCCACUGCACCUCCGGGCUUGGGGGGACAUUCACCCGAUGCUGGUGCCCAUGAGCGAGUGCUUCUUCAGUUAACAGUGAUCCAGGUCAUGGUGACCAGAGUCUUGUCUGCCGAGACCCAUCCCCGUGCCAGGGAGACGUACCGAGAGAUCCUUAACCGUCUCCUGAAAUCCUCCGAGCUCGAUUUGAAAUUAACCUCUCUGCUCCCCGGCCCGGAGAAGUUGCUGUCUCACAUGGCUGCAAAGUGCCUGGCGCUGCUUCUGUAUUUCCAGUUGCGAGAAGAGGUCCCACUGAGCCAAUCCUGGGUUAAUUUUUGCCACGAGAGUCUCUGUGAGCCCCCGGGGAGCCGCCCAGAAGCCUGCCUGUGGGUCCUGUCAGCCAUCAUCAGAGAAGCCAUCCGGGACCCGUGUCCACGGAAAUCAGAGCUCCUGGCACCGUUGCUGACCCCACUGGCCACCGCCCUGGACAAGUUCUACGAUGGCCUCUUCACCCAGCUUCCUGACCCUUCCAAAGGCCUCCACGUUUUGCUGGCGGCCCUGGACUUGCUGGAGCUGCUCGUGGCCGCCAGGAUUCGUGGGCACUGGCUGGACCCCUGCCGGAGGCUUGUCUCCCAGACCCCUUCCCGAGUGCUGGACAUUGUCACGUGGCCCGUCCCUGCCUUCGUGAGAAGGAAGUGCAUUGUGUUCCUCAAAAAGUGCCUUCUCUGCAAGGUGGGUGAGGACCUGGGUCCUGCCUCUGUUCCUGCACCCCAGCUGCCAGACCCCGACUUAGAGGUGGAUACAGCUGCUUUGGCCGAUGUGGUUUUGCGAGCGGUGGAUUCGGGUCUGCUGAGGACUCUCCCUGCCCCCGGGAAAGUGGCCCGCUUUGGGGGAGACGAGAUUCAUCCCAGCACCCCCUCCGGCCCGGGCACAGACCAGGUGCUGCUCAGAGCGGCCAGCUUGCUCGUCACGAAAUCCUUAGAAAUCCAGCUUCAGAACUGUGCGUCCGCCAAGGAGAUGAAAGGUGGCGUGCAGCGACUCAUGGCCCAGCUCCUCGACUUCCUGAAGCCUCACCUUCCGCCCACCUUGCAGCGGCGCCACCCGUGUGCCUGGCUGUCCUGGGUCUUCAUCGAGCAAGAUGAUGACAUGCUGGAGGCGGCCAGAGUGUCCCUGAGCAUCUACCUGAAGGUCACCCGAGCGGACAACACACCUGGACAGGGACAACCCGGAGGAGCUGCGUGGGCCCGUCACUCUCACGAAAGUGGCUGCAACCCACACUGCACCUUCCUCUUCCUCCUGGGGACUCUCGGUUUCGAUGCCACCACGCUGCUUGACUUCCUCAUUUCCUCUGAGACCUGCUUCCUGGAGUAUCUCGUCAGGUACCUGAAGCUGCUGCGUGAAGACUGGAGCCAUUUCAUCACCGUGUGCGCCCAGCUGGACAGCUCAGCCAAGCCUGGACGGGAGGGUGUGGGGGGAGCCCGGGACCCAGGUUCCCUUCUGUCACCCGCCUGCGCGACUCGAAGCCUGGUGGCCUAUGACAGCUCCGACGACUCAGAGUCUGGAGAGUCUCCAGAGCAGCUUCUUUCAACGGGGGAACUGGAAGCACAGGAGACCCCUAAGGCAGACGUGGCUGGGGAGGGUGGGGACUUGCUCUCGAGGGCCAUGCGCUGUCUCAGCCACCUCCACGGGGCCAUCUUGCGCCUGCAGCAGAAAACCCUCUUCCCGUACAACCCAGCAGCUCUGGUGAGGCUGUUAGGACAUGUGGAGGCGAUACACGGUGGAAGGGGACAAGUGCCCUCGGUGUAG